AUGUUACAUCAGAUUUUUCGUUGCCCUCAGGACUUGGGUGACACUCGGCAAAUGUCCACACCCUCCAAAGAUAUAUUAAUUUCGAAUUUGCAAAACUUUUUUAAAAAAUGGGAAAAUCGGGAAUCCAAUGGUGUGAAACUUUUCAGCUCUGAUCGUUUGAGUGUCAUUUCCAACAUUCGUGGGCACAUUCUUAAGGGUUGCCUUAGCGGUAUACCUGCGCGGUUUUCAACUUCGGUGAAUGAGAGGCUUCAUAAAGAGAUGAAAAAACUGCUUUCUAAAAAUCGUAUGGGGACACAGCUCGCCUAUGCCAAAUUUACACGGUUUUUCUUUAAACAUAAUCAGAAACGCGGAAAUUGUGAUUCAAUUUACUCUUUAUCUGCGAAGACACAUCAGAACUCGUUCAAAGGAACAGAUGGUAACGCUCCUAUUACAUCAACUGCUGAAAAUGUCUUUUUCGGCAUUAGACCAAAAGAAAGAGAUAGCGUAUCAUUGCCUCCUGAAACGGAAGAGCAAAAAUCCUUGCCUCAAUAUACGUUGGAUAUGUUGACUCCUGUAAUACUAGACGCUAUAUCUAAAAAGGUUGACAUGGCAUCAGAGAAAGAGGCGCAAAUGAGCGGAGAUUUACAGCCUGACCACACGUAUUCGUUUGACAAAGCAACAGCAAACCAUGGGUAUUUUAGUAUUGUAUUAUAUUCUCUCUCCAUUUUUAAGGUUAUUUUGCUCAUGAAAAAGCUAUGGUCAUCUAAAGCAGCAAAUUUAAUGAAAAUUCCAUUUUUAUUUAAUAACUUAAAAACGUAUUUGUCCCAUAACACAACUGACAACUACGCCAAAUCUAGAUCUACCACAGCUAUGCCUAUGGCCACGGAAACGUCUGUUAGGAAUGCCAAAGAAAGACUUGGUAACAUUGCUAGUUCAUUCGGAUUUAGUAUUUUACCAGUGACAGACGAUGGCAAUUGUUUUUUUUGAGCUGUAGCCUUCCAGGUAGUCCAAAUUUUAACAUCGAAAUCAUGUCCUGAAAAUAUUUCCCAAAAUCUUCAGGCACACGGAAUUAAUGAGCAAACAAAUGCAGAUGAGCUUUCCGAAUAUCUGAGACAGCUAACAGUCGAUGAAUUUCAAAACAAUCCGCAAGACUAUUGUUCGUUUUUCGAAGACAUCGAUAUAUAUUUGGAAUCCGAAAAAAAACAGAAGAAAUGGCGAAUUUACUGGACGAUUGGGCAAUGCAUUACCUCUGGCAAUGACCAACGUUUUAAACAUUCCAAUCCUCAUUUUGACAACUGUCCAUAAUAUGCCAUUUCUGUCUUUGGCUCCUUGUAAGAAUCUCAGUCAUGAUACAGUAAUUUACUUGUCGUAUAUUCAAGACGGUCCUGGACAUUACGACGCACUUGUCAUUUCUGAACAAGUAUCUGAAACCGCACAAGCUAUGUCAAAAGCAAAUGGUCAAAAGCAGUCUGUUGGAAACAAAGGUAAAUAAGUCAGCUUGUUGUUAUAAAGAGAUAGAGGAUAUUACACGGCGGAGCGAAGUUAUGACUUUUAUCUUCGAGUGGUGAAAACAAUAUUGUUUUUAACACGAGAAGAUAAAAGUCAUAUCUUCAAGCAACCGUGUAAUGUUUUGUUUAUUAUAUAGUCCCAAGCAAAAAAUUGUAUAAAUACUAAAAGUCACGUGAUCGAUAUCUUCACUAGUGAAGAUAUGGAAAAUAUCUCGCUGUGUAUUUUUCAGUAUCUCACUCUCCAUUAUAUAAUAAGAAGAGUUAUGUAAUGCUUUAACAUACGUCAAUAUUUUAUACUAUAUAAGCUUAGUACAAUCUGCAGACAUGCGUGUUUCGGCGCUCAACGCCGAUCGGCCCUAGUCAUUGCAGCUUGAUACAUCUGGAUACGUAACGUAGUAAUGAUAUUAAUGAACGCUUUUCCUAUGUUUAAUCAUAGUUAAUAGAAUUUAAUUCUAUCUGUCUUUGCCUGCCUAUAGCAGACAUUGACAGUACUAAUUAUUUAUUACUUUUAUUUGGCUUACCUUAUUCCUAUACUUGUGUCUUGUUUAUGUUUUUUAUUUAGUUUGUAGUAUUUGUCCUUAUAGUUUCCUGUAUUUUUACAUUUUUGUGUAUUUUAGUCCAAUACUCUAUGUUUAAUACAGACAUUCUCUUAACGUUUCACUGAUCAUUUUUUACAGAAAAUACUACAAUAUGUAAACAGGUGGUUGCGUGUCGUUGUGGUCUCAAAUCAAGAAGAAAAACGGAUAAUGCAUCUAACAGAGUAUAUCGUAGUGUGAAAAGGUGUAAGUGUGUAAAAUCCGAAGAGGCUUGCUCUGAUCUAUGCAAUUGUCACGGAAAGUGUGGAGGGAAAAUGUGUGGUGGAGUUCCAAAAAGCACCAAAGGUAGACAAGGAAGGAAGCGAUACCCUCAUACUUUACAAACGAUAAAGACGCCAAGAAAAUCAAAAAGUUACUUAGUUUCAAAAAAUGAAGUUGUAAAUCCGGGAAAACUAAACAUGCUCGAGUAUGUGGUUGUCUGUGUAAUCGUUCUGUUCUUGGAGACCACCAGUACUAGUAAUGGCAAGGCAAGUAACAUGGAUGUAAAAAGUGCUAUGAUGAAAUAA